GUUAUUGGUUGUUUGAUUUAACAGAGCUCAAGAGCAAUGCACCCAGAAACAAGUCUGCUGUCCAGGACUGCACUGAACUUCGAUCCACAGAGAGGAACAUCAGCUUCCUUAUCAACUGAUUAGUCUCAGGAAGGACAGCAUAUGGUGGCUUAAACAGUCAGGUUGUUGUGUAACUGUAAGUGAGAGUGGGCCUGAUAAGGACGGUCGGCUCUCUCAGAGCCUCACAUAGGGAGCAGAGCAGUCCCGGACAGUGCUCCGGACCUCUAAUCCGAAAACCAAUCUUCAGAAAGCGUUUGGACGCUUCCACACACAAUCAUGUUGAGUAAAGAUCCUCCAGACAUUGAGAGCAUCCUGGCUCUGAAUCCCAGGGUGAAGACUCAUGCUCCCAUUAUAUCCACAGCAAGCAAAAAGAAGGAAAAGAAACACUGGAAGAGAAACCCUGAAAAUAACUGUAAUUCUUGUGUGACUUUAGAGAACAACUUUGACGACAUCAAACACACAACGUUGAGCGAGCGCGCAGCACUACGGGAAGCAAUGAGGUGUCUAAAAUGUGUGGAUGCUCCCUGUCAGAAGAGCUGCCCUACUAACCUGGACAUAAAGUCAUUUAUUACAAGUAUCUCUAAUAAGAACUACUAUGGGUCAGCGCGAGCCAUCCUUUCUGACAACCCCCUGGGUUUGACCUGUGGAAUGGUGUGUCCCACAUCAGAGCUGUGUGUGGGGGGCUGCAACUUGUAUGCUUCCGAGGAGGGACCCAUUAAUAUUGGAGGGCUACAGCAGUUUGCUACUGAGAUUUUUAGCAAGAUGGGCAUCCCUCAGAUCAGAAAUCCUGAGCUGCCACCAGCCAAUGAGAUGCCAGAGUCUUACCAUGCCCCUAUAGCUCUGAUUGGUUGUGGCCCAGCAUCAGUCAGCUGUGCCUCCUUCCUGGCUCGUCUUGGAUAUGAUAAUAUUACCAUAUUUGAGAAACAAAAGUACAUUGGAGGCCUAAGCACAUCAGAGAUCCCUCAGUUCCGGCUUCCCUAUGAGGUCGUCCAGUUUGAAAUAGACCUGAUGAAGGACUUGGGAGUCAAGGUGGUGUGUGAGAAGGGUCUAGGUGUUAAUGGAAUGACUUUGACGUCCCUGAAAGAGGAAGGAUUUAAAUCUGUCUUCAUUGGGAUUGGUCUCCCUCAGGCCAACAGAGCUCCAAUUUUCAAGGGUUUAACUAUGGAUCAAGGUUUCUUCACUUCUAAAGACUUUCUGCCCAUGGUGGCCUCGGCCAGCAAGAAAGGUAUGUGUCAGUGUCGCUCCUCUCUGCCAGAGAUAAGAGGUAUGGUGAUAGUUUUGGGGGCCGGUGACACUGCGUUUGACUGCGCCACCUCAGCUCUUCGUUGUGGCGCCAAGAGAGUCUACGUCUGCUUCAGGAAGGGAUUCACUAACGUCAGGGCUGUUCCCGAGGAGAUGGAGUUGGCUAAGGAGGAGAAGUGUGAGUUCCUGCCCUUCCUUUCUCCUCGUGAGGUCAUCAUGAAGAACGGUCGGGUUGCCGGGUUACAGUUCUGUCGCACCGAGCAGACUGAGGAGGGCGAUUGGAAGGAAGACGAGGACCAAAUUGUCAGGCUCAAGGCUGACUGCAUCAUCAGUGCCUUUGGUUCUAUGCUCAACGAGCCUCAAGUGAGUGAGGCCAUGGCUCCUGUGACGAUGACCCGCUGGGGUACUCCAGAGGUGAACACCGACACCAUGCAGACCAGUGAGCCCUGGGUGUUUGCAGGAGGAGACAUUGCUGGAUUGGCCAACACCACAGUGGAAUCAGUGAACGAUGGCAAGCAGGCUUCAUGGCACAUUCACAGAUACAUUCAGUCCCUGCAUGGGCAGACAGUGGACCCAGUUCCAAAGCUGCCGUUGUUCUACAGUGCUAUAGAUCAGGUGGACAUCAGCGUUGAGAUGUGUGGGAUAAAGUUUCCCAACCCGUUCGGCCUGGCAUCUGCCCCCCCCACCACCAGCACAGCUAUGAUCAGAAGAGCUUUUGAACAAGGAUGGGGCUUUGCUUUAACAAAGACAUUCGGACUGGAUAAGGAUCUGGUGACCAACGUUUCUCCCCGUAUUGUGCGUGGCACCACCUCAGGUCAUUUGUUUGGACCAGGUCAAGGCUCCUUCCUCAACAUUGAGCUCAUCAGUGAAAAGACAGCAGCCUACUGGUGUCAGUCAGUCGCCGAGCUGAAGAGGGACUUCCCUAAUAAUGUGGUGAUCUCCAGUAUAAUGUGUGGUUACAACAAAGAAGAUUGGACAGAACUAGCCAAGAUGGCAGAAGAAUCGGGAGCAGAUGCAUUGGAGCUGAACCUGUCUUGUCCCCAUGGGAUGGGGGAGAGAGGGAUGGGUCUGGCCUGUGGACAGGACCCGGUGUUGGUGCGUAACAUCUGUCGCUGGGUGCGUGCAGCCAUUUCCAUUCCAUUCUUUGCCAAGCUGACACCAAAUGUUACCAAUAUUGUCGACAUUGCCAAGGCUGCUCAUGAAGGUGGAGCAGAUGGAGUAACAGCCACUAACACAGUCUCGGGUUUGAUGGGACUAAAGGCUGAUGGCUCCCCCUGGCCGGGCGUUGGAACGGGCAAACGCACCACGUAUGGAGGGGUGUCUGGUAAUGCCAUCAGACCCAUCGCUCUCAGAGCAGUAUCAGCGAUUGCCAGAGCAAUUCCUGGCUUUCCGAUUCUGGCCACCGGAGGUAUCGACUCAGCAGAAAGUGGGCUACAGUUUCUUCACGCCGGAGCCUCAGUGUUACAGGUGUGCAGUGCAAUACAGAACCAGGACUUCACAGUGAUUGAGGAUUACUGUGUGGGUCUGAAGGCCUUGUUGUACCUGAAGAGCCUGGAGCUGAAGGACUGGGAUGGUCAGUCUCCUCCAACAGAGAGACAUCAGAAGGGAAAACCUGUUCCCAGACUGGAAGACCUAGUAGGAAAGAGCCUCCCUAGCUUUGGCCCAUACCUCCAGCAGAGGACAGACGCCAUCGCAGAAUACAAGAAAAGGCUCAGAAACAACAAAGCUGAGGCAAUAACAGCCGACAUCCGCCAGGUCAACACGCCCCAGAAAGCCGUCCCUGCUGUCAAGGAUGUGAUAGCCAGAGCGCUGCGCCACAUUGGAGCAUACCAAGAACUAAACAACAUGGAGCAGGUCCAGGCUCUGAUAGAUGAAGAGAUGUGUAUCAACUGUGGAAAAUGUUACAUGACUUGCAAUGACUCUGGAUAUCAGGCUAUAACAUUCCACCCAGAGACCCACCUUCCCAUGGUGACUGAUAGCUGCACGGGCUGCACGCUGUGCCUGAGCGUCUGUCCAAUCAUAGACUGCAUCACUAUGGUUACCAUGAAAAAACCCUAUAAACCCAACAGGGGUGUGCCCAUUAGUCCUGUCUGCUAAAGAGGACAACAAAACCAAAACCGUCCACAUAUUCAAUAACGGAGAC